AUGGGUACACCCCCGGAGGGCCAAGUUACCGGUGAGUGCUUGACCUUUCUAGCACUUAGGUUCGGUAAGACCGCUCUACACGCCGCCCAGCUUCUUUCGAAGAUUGUCGACUUGCUAGGUGUAAAGGCCGCAGCGCGUGCUGCAGGCACGGAGUGGUCCCCAGGCUUCGUCCUGGUGGACGCGCACGGUGCCUGGCUCCUAGAAACAGCCAGCGGCUUCUGGGCACUCAGUAAGACCUCGAAGGAGAUAUGCUUGUACAGGGAUCAGCUAUACAUUGAGGAACCUCUAACCUAUUCGACUUCUUUAGAAUCCCUCGUUGCGGUGGGAUCUUCAUCGUCUGCAUCGGGCCGGGGCAGAAUCAACUUUCGGAUGUUGUUCCAUCCGACGGGGGCUGAAUCAUCACGUGAUCUCAACGCUUCCGUGAAUAGGAUGAAGGAAUUGAAAUCUAGAGCGGCAUUGAGUCCGCUUGACUUGGCCAGCUUGAUCCAGAUGGUACGAGAGCAUGAUUUGCCCUCGUCGGUGCUUCCCGAGGCGAGCGAUACCCAGCACACCAUUCGAGCCGGGGCAUUCAUAUCUGUUCUCACACCGGACGCUCCGCGCAGGUUUCAUCUUUUUACCUGUGAACACUACACCGAAUGUGCAAUGUUCAAGCCUAUUUUUCUAGAUAGAGCGGCUAGUUCUCAGAUAAGCACCGUGCAUGCUUCGUAUCUUGGAGAGACAGGGACGCUGCAUCGCCGACGGCGCUAUGCGCUUGAACGGAAACGGCUCGAUCUUGAGCGUACGACCGUCCGCGUCUUGCAGUAUCGCGACCAAGAGGAGCGGCGUUGCGCCUAUCAACCCGCAGACAUCUGUGAACGUUUGAGAUUUCUAGAAAUGAUCUGCGUCGAAAAGGCGCUGAGCGUGUGCGGGUAUUCGACGAGUUUCAUGCAGGCGGAACACGCCGCCCUGUGUCGCGGCUUUGAACAGCGACUCUUGCAGAUGGGCAAAAAGUAUUUCAAAAUGGAUACAAAGAUGCUAUAUCCCACAGAGGUAUCGCAAAAAGAUUGGCCUGACCUUUUCCAGCGGUACGCCGAAGACACGAAGGAAUCUCUGUUUGAAAAGACGCUCAUGAGGGAAGAGUAUGAAUAUGAGCUGUUCAUGCUCGACGGAGGCGAUCCGCUCGCACAAGCUCGCCGUAUUCGAGGUUUGCAACUCGCCCCGUCACCUGGAGAGCAUUUCUGCAUGCCUAUUGUGCGCGAUAUCCCAGAGCAGCCGGAUGCGUCUAUGCCGCAUGUCUACGUCUACAAACCGGACACGAGAGACUCUGCGAACGCGCAAAACAAUGCGCAGUGA